CAAUGAAAAUUAUAAUUCAUAUGGAAUUUCCGAAUGCAAAUUCAUUGAAAGGUGUUCUUGAUAAUUUUUUAAAAGAAGAUUUAUUGGAUGAAGAAGUUCAGUAUUCAAAAAUAUUAGGAAUUCAGUUUGCUGGUCUGAAUGGCCAAAUAAUAGGAAUAGAACUUCUUGAAGAUGGACUGUAUUUUGGACUUGAAGCUUUAUAUUUUUUAAAAGAGAAGCAAGGCAUUUCAAGGUUAAGUUUACCCGAAAAACAGAUUUUACUCCAAAAGCAAAAAGGAACAAUACUACUCUAG